CUGACGAACGUGUCAGAGUCAGAGCAUGAUGGUCAAAACAUUCAAAAUUUGCUGUAAAAUCAGACAUUGAGUCCUUAAUUAUUAUUUUUUUAAAUUAAACUUAACAUGUUUAAAAAAUGUAAUUUAGCAAGUACAAUUUUUGUAUGUUAAAGAGUUUUAUAAUGUAUUUUGAACAAAUACUGGAAGAGUAUAGAAGUUACCACAAACUUUAGCGCUUUUUUCUUUUUGUUUCUCUACCAAACUUAUAAGGCUGGCUUUGUGGGUGCCUCACUGACAGUUCAUUCCAUAGCUGCCAGGAUGGGGGCAGGGAGAAGAACACAAACCUUUGUACCUGAUUCUGCAUCAUCAUUCCAGACAAAACACAGCGGAGGAUUUAGAUAUUUGACGAAAAAACAACUCGGUGGUGUCAUAUUUGGUUGCAAGGAUAAUACCAUGAAGGAGUGUAUACUUAAACAACUAUUUGGUUUGCCUGCUCCACAUUAUUCAUAUGUGAAGAACAUAGAUCCAGGUCUGCCACUGUUUUUGUUCAACUACAGCAAUAGGGAGCUUCAUGGCAUCUUUGAAGCAGCAAGCUCUGGAGAAAUGCAUAUCAAUCCGUAUGCUUGGACGUCAGACGGUUCUGGAAGAACACUAUUUCCUGCACAGGUUCAGAUUCGUGUCCGCAUGCAAUGCCGACCACUACCAGAAAAUCUGUUUAAACCUAUAAUUCUGGAUAACUAUUACAAAGAGAACCAUUUCUUAUUUGAGCUAGAUCAUGUUCAAGCUGGUAAAUUGAUCUCCAAGCUUUCAUCUCGCGCAUUUGUUCCAACCAGCUGCAUGCCACAGAAUGCAGCAAAAUGGAAAACUAUAAUACAAGGUUUACCAGCAAUUGGCAAUAGAGAAGAAAAUGGCUGUGCCGAGCCAGAAGACUGGAAAGAAAAGUUCACCAACUCACUUGAUUUGAAUGGCGAUUUUGGUGAGGGAGACAUUUUUCUUUGUUCUAGUGUCGGUAACCAGAAGCUGGAGGCGCCAUUAGAUAAUCAAGCAGAAUUAGAUGAUAAGGAUCUUAUCUACACGGAAUUUAGAGAAUUGGCCACUCGACACGAUGAAUGCUCAGGGGCCUCUAUAAAUGGGCAUGAAGAGGAAAGCACUAUUGCACUGAUGACUGCCACUAUUAAUGAUGUAAAGAUUGGGGAAGAAACUUUACAGGAAGCACAGAUACCGAGAGAGGAAAAGAAUGAAGAAAGCUCAUCUAACUUGGCUGUCUAUCCUGCUAUUAUAGCUCAGCUGCUUCAAGGAAUAGAAGAACUGAAAGCUUCUAGGGAAGAGCAAACUCAUAAGAUGUGCAGCUUGGAGCAGAAGCUGGCCGAUGCAGAAGAAGAGAUUAAGCAGUUAAAAUAUAGAUAUAUGAUGCCUGAGUCCUCAAAUCCAUCAUUUCAAUUGGCUGAUGAAACAGUAUUUGAGUCAGUUGAUCAAGUAGAGCUGGAUCCUGAGUCAAUCUUCCUUGUCGGAGGAUAUGAUGGGGUAUCGUGGUUAUCUACCUUGGAGUCAUACUCACUUUCAAAUGAUGUGCAAAAGUCUCUUAAGCCAAUGAGUUCAGUUCGAUCAUAUGCCUCAGUUGCAAAACUGUGUGGAGAGCUUUAUGUAUUUGGUGGUGGAACUGGAAGCUUGUGGUACGACACAGUUGAAUCAUAUAGUCCAGCAGAUAACGAGUGGACCCGACGUCCUUCCUUGAAUAAGAAAAAGGGGACUUUAGCUGGUGCUACUUUGAAGGACAAAAUUUUUGCAAUUGGUGGUGGAAAUGGGGUUGACUGCUUUUCAGAGGUCGAGAUGUAUGAUCCUGAAGUAGGCCGUUGGAUUACAACAAGGUCCAUGUGGCAGAAGCGAUUUUCUCUUGCUGCAGCCGAACUCAAUGGUGCAUUAUAUGCUGUUGGUGGAUAUGAUGGAAGCAAUUACCUGGCGACCGCUGAAAGAUUUGAUCCUAGAGAGCAUUCCUGGACAAAAAUUAAGAGUAUGAGUACGAGCAGAGGAUGCCAUGCAUUGGCUGCAUUGGAUGGGAAAUUAUACGCAGUUGGUGGGUAUGAUGGGUCUACAAUGGUUCCGAGCACUGAGAUAUAUGAUCCCCGUGUUGCAACAUGGAUGGUUGGGGAGCCAAUGAAGCACUCGAGAGGGUAUUCAGCGGCUGUUGUUCUACAGGAGUCCAUUUAUGUCAUUGGAGGGGUUCAAUCUGGUGAGGAAAUUACAGACGUGAUUGAAUGUUAUAAGGAGGGUCAAGGUUGGCAGACACCCAACUUGAAGGGAAUAGGGAAAAGGUGUUUCUGCUCAGCUAUAGUUUUAUCGGAAGACUGCUUUCGGAGUACAGAAGCUGCAUCUUCUUAGGCAUCCUUUGUUGGAUGAGUAAGUUUAUAUUUGCGAUUUGCAAUUGUGAGUAGUGUUACUUAUGUUUUUUGAAGCCUAAAAUCACGUUCUGGACA